AUGGCUUCGGUUCCAAGCGAAAAUGAUAGGAAUAUCAAGAAGAAAAUACUGAACGCUGCUAGAUCUAUAAGAAAAAAGUAUUUGGCUUUAAAGCUGGAGAGAAAAGAGGAAGAUGAGGCACUUGAUAGGAUUAUAAACCCUAUAACUGAACCUCUAAGAGAGUUUGUUGAGAAAACGGUUGGCAGAAAAGUCCAAGUUAAACAUGAAAAAGUUAAGCUCGAAGCUCCUAAAACAUAUUUUGAAUCUGAACCGACACUUCCUAGAAAUGUAGAGUUCCAACCAGCAGAGAUUAUUGCUCAAACGAGUGAGAAUUUAAAAAGUGAUGAUGAUGAUGAUGAUGAUGAUGGCGCUGAGGAUGUCUUUUAUGAACCCUUACAACAUUUGAAAGAAGAUCUGCAGAAAUCAAUUCACGAUAGAUCAGGAGCGUAUGAAGAAUUUUUAGAUCAGUAUCCCAAAGUAGCACAAGAGUAUGUAGAUAGAUACUAUAAACAAUCAGAUGAAAUAGACCAUUCUUAUGGCUUGAAACAUGAUAUGAAAACCGAUGAUUGGUCUAUGGGAUCACAAAAAGUCAACUUUCUCCCGAAUGGAGAUAUUAAAGUCGGGGCUGUAUCUUAUAAACGAACGCAGGGCUUAUAUGAUCUUUUAUUUCUGAAAAAGCCGAUCUAUCAGACAGAGGAUGAUAAGUUGCAGUUUACGGAUAUUCUAAACAGGACCAAUGUUCAUCGAAGAGAUUUUGAUCCAUCCAAACAAGUUAAAGGGUCCACAUCUUCAAAAUAUAGACAGUUUGUUAAACCUUUGGUCUCAUCAUCAUCUGAAGCAAAAAGGCUUAAAUCAAUCCUUGCCGAAGCUGUGAGAGACGCCUUGAGUCCCGUUCCUGACUUCCUGACGAUGCUGACCAACAACCCGGACAAGAAACCAUUUGGCCACGCCUUUAUAGGAUUACCUUUGGUCGUGAACCUCUGCAAGACAAGCUCUAUGGAUUCAUUCAUGAUUGUAUUGGCUUCUUUAGGAUUAACUCUUAAUAAUUCAGAUUCAGAAAAUAGUGAAUCAGAUAAUUCUGAUAACGAAUUUGAUAACACUCUUACUCCUGAGCGAGAAGAAGAGUUGAAAAAUGGAUAUCGUGUGCCUGUACCAGGUACAUCUAAACAGCAAGACUAUGCAGUUCCUGAUGCUGGCAAAGUAUUUGUGUUACCUGUUCCAUCUCAUCCACAAGAACAAGAGGAUUUAAUAGAACCCUUAGAAGCACAGCUUUCAAUUUCUGAUUCUGGACAAAAGCCCUCCAUCCAGAGCCCUACACCAAAAGUUAUUGCUAUUAAAAAAGUGGUUAAUAAUUGCAUGGCAACUCAUUCGGCUGGUUCAAACUGUCAAAAGGAUAUCCAAACGAUAAGCUUGGAUGAUUUAAGAUGUUUUUUAACUGGGGAAAUUGAAGCUGGUGUUGCUUCAUUAAAAAACACAACACAUAUAGAAAUACCGAAGGGCCUUAUUUUGAGAAAAAGAACAAGAAUUGGCACAUGUACAAUUAAGUAUAUGAGUGGUGCUAUUGUUAAAAUGUUAUUUAAGUCGAAAGACAUAAGUAACUGCCAAACAUGUCGUAAUAAUUUAUUAAAGAGACACGGUGUACACUAUGAAGAUGAUAAGGUAAUUGAAGCCAGGCAAUAUGAAAGAGGAAACCUCAGAAGACCUGGUGAUUCUGGUAAUCUUUUAAUUUCCAUGUCGUUAAAUUAUUUAUUUCAUUUAAUUCCAAGAUUUUGUACCUUGUCCAAUAUUUGUGAAAUAUUACACAAUGUUUUGCUUGAAGAGCUAUCAUUCAAUAUACUUAAUUGUCCCAAUCACAAGUUAGGUGAAAGACUGUGUAAACUGGUUACAAGAUGUUUGGUUGGUGGUGCAAAAGUGUAA